CCAGAAAAAGGGGGGAGAGAGAGAGGGAGGGGGUGGGGGGAGAGCAGUACUGUGCAAGCUUCAUACCUUUGUCAACCUUUUUUUUACUGCACCUGGCUCUCUCCUCAGCCUCUGUCUGAGAGGCAUCUCAGAUACAGUGAGAGAGAGAGAGGAGGAGGAGAGAAGACGAAGGAAUCUCUUGUUCUCUAGGCGGGAGGAGGAGAGUAGGUUUGAGAUAAUGCUGAGGCAGAGGAGCAGGCCGGUGCAGAGGGAGCAAAGAAAAGACCACCUGAUGCCUGAUGGCCGGAUGCAAAGGGCCAGGAGCACCUCCUUCUUCAGCGCCCCCGGCCUCUUCGUGGGGUUCAGCGCCAAGGGCUCGGCAGAUUCGGAAUCAGCGAGGAGCCCUACCUCUCCCUUGGACUACAAGCUCUUUUCCAAUCUGGGCAGCUCCUUCGUGAGGUCCCCGAGAUCACCAGGCCCUGAGGGGCAGCCGAGGAGCUGGGACUGCCCCAGGGUGGGCCUUGGCCUCGUGGAUUCUCUCAACGACGAGUCCAAGGCGGGCGGCAGGGUGCUGGGGUUCUCCGAGACCAAGAACAUACUGCUUGGGUCACAGCUGAGGAUUAACAUCCCAACCCCCAAAACCCUGCCUGAGAUCGUCUGGGUUUCUGCACAAGCUCACGUAGGAUCGCCUUCCUCCCGAUCCGGCUGCUCGAAACUGGCCGUGGGAUCCGAAGGAGCCGAAUUGGAGCCUGGGGAGUUCGGAAAAACUCGAUCUUGGUCCGCCGAUAUCGGUAGAUCAUCACUUCCCUUGGCUCGUUUUGUGUACCGUAGUCCCAAGUCCAGUUCUGAAUUUUUUCCAUCCGAUUCGAAGAAUUCCGCACCGGAUGCUUCUCGAUUAGUUAGCAAGCCCAUCAAUUUUGACAAUUUGUCGGGGUCUCUCCCGAUAUCCCUUGGCUCCUCUCAUGGAUUCAUCUCUUCUCUCUCCGCGAGCGAGAUCGAGCUCUCGGAGGACUAUACCUGCAUAAUUUCCCAUGGUCCUAACCCUAAGACGACGCACAUUUUUGGGGAUUGCGUUCUUGAAAGCCACCCGAUUCAGUCGCCGGAUUCUAAGAAUAAGCUUGGAAAAGAGGGGGGAGGCUCAUCUUGGCUGGUCAAGUGCCCCGUGGAUUCGCCGCCCUGCCCCUCCAAUGAUUUCUUGAGCCACUGUUUCUCUUGCAACAAGAAAUUGGAGGGGAAAGACAUCUACAUGUAUAGAGGUGAGAAAGCAUUCUGUAGCUGCAAUUGCCGCGAGCAGGAAAUUUUGAUUGAAGAGGAAACGGAGAAGCCUACAGCUGAUUGUUACGAUGCUUCUGAUUCAUCAUUUCAUGAGGAUAUUUUCCUUGCCGGGAUGGUCGUGGCGUCGUAGGCUGGGGGAUUGAUUGAUGAGUCCCAACCCAUUAGUCUUUGAGUGGUGAGUCUCCAAGGUAAACAAUUCGAUCAUCUGUUUAUGAAGAGCUGUUUGUGUGAGUCUGUAGCAGCCAUGGAUGAUCACCAUGUACAUUCAUCUGUUUGCUGGUGUUUGUUUCGGCACUCAUGGUGAUAUUGGUGGGUUGUGGCUGGAUAUUGCCCUCUUUUUUUUUUCUCCCUCUUUUGCCUGGGAUUUGCAUUAUGGAUAAGCUUUCCAUUCUCUUAUAGUUUUGGUCGGAAGGGGCGUUAGAGACUGCAUGGGCUCCCUAUUUUUUUUCCCUUUCUUCAUUCCCUCCCUUGCAGCAGUUAAUGUAAUAUCUCCAUGAACCUUAUAAGCUAAUGAGUAUGAGCCAUUUUUAGGUAUGUUAUAUA